AUGUCUUCUAGGGUUGGGAAGUCUGGUCUCAAAGUCUCACAGAUCAUCCUGGGAUGCAUGAGCUUCGGCGACAAGAACUGGCAACCCUGGCUUCUCGACAAAGACGAAGCUCUCCCGAUCCUCAAGUAUGCCUUCGACAAGGGCAUCAACACGUGGGAUGUCGCCGAUACAUACUCGAAUGGAGAGUCAGAGAGGAUCCUUGGCGCGGCUAUCAAGCACUACAACAUUCCCCGCUCAAAGCUGGUCAUUAUGUCCAAGUGCUUCCAGUUCGUCAAUGAAGAAAAAGGCCCUAUAGAUCCUGCAACUCUCACCAGUAACGAUGGUUCUCGCGUCAACAGAGUCGGCCUCUCUCGAAAGCACAUUCUUGAUGCAGUGGAUCAGAGCGUCGAACGACUGGGCACCUACAUCGAUGUUUUGCAGAUUCACAGAAUGGAUCGUGAUGUUCCGCCAGAGGAGAUUAUGAAAGCACUCAAUGAUGUAAUCGAAAGUGGAAAGGUUCGCUAUAUUGGUGCCAGCUCGAUGGCAGCUUGGGAGUUUCAAAUGCUCCAGAACGUCGCCGAGAAAAACGGAUGGCAUAAAUUCAUCUCCAUGCAAGGUCUAUAUAACCUUCUGUACCGCGAAGAAGAAAGAGAAAUGAAUCCUUACUGCAACUACACCGGCGUCGGUCUGUUCCCUUGGUCUCCCCUUGCCGCGGGAGUUCUUGCACAUUCCUGGACCGACAGAACAGAUGCUCGAGAGCAGAAGGACCCCUUCCUCAAGCUCCUAUUCCGCGGUGAAGACCAAAACGCUGAUCGAGCCAUUGUUGACCGUGUUGAGCAGUUGGCUCAGAAUAAGGGUGUCGCUAUGGCUCAGAUCGCGCAGUCUUGGCUGAUUGUGAAGGGAUGCAUGCCUAUCUGCGGUUUGGAGAGUAAAGAAAGAAUCGAUCAGGCAAUGGGGGCCCUUCAGGUAACACUGAGCGAUGAGGAGAUCGCGUAUCUCGAAGAGCUCUAUGUUCCCAAGGUGCCAUUCCCUUUCUGA